CACCAAGAGAAGGUACAGAGCGGGGAAACAAUUGCUAGGCAACAGUGCUGCAGCAAGAGCAAAAAGGCUGAGAGUCAGCAGCAUUUGUGUCACUAUUCAGCCCUGUAAGGCCAUAGGCUUAUGUACUCCAUUAUGGCCAUUGAUAAUUAAUUACCCACUUUGUUGUUUUGUUGUUUUUUUUUAAUUCUCUUUGAUAUUUCUUGUGGAAAUAGGGAAGAUUUUGGUGGACAUAAAAGGGGCCUAAACUGAGUGGAUUAAUGUGGUACGUAUUUCAGAGCCCAAAGGAAGGGAAGAGCCUUUACCUCGAUGAAGGAACUCUUUAAGUGAAAGGAUAAAGGGUUGGAAUAUAAAAUGGGCAUGUAGUAAAUGCAUUCGUUGGUAAGGAGGAAAAUGGGCCUACGUGACAAACGUUGGACACUGGAGAAAAUAAUUAAGCCAAUAUUGCACUCAAACCCUAUUUAUGGACAACGAGGAAGGGCUUCAUUAAAAAGCCAAGAACAUGAUUGACUGAAGAGUGGUGUUCGUACCAUAGUAAUCACCUUCCAUAUAGCAAAGCUAAAGGAUCCUCUGUGUGGACAUGUGACUCUGUGGAGGCCGUGUUUACCAGUGUCAUGGGGGUGAUGGAAAGCAGGGAUGUACUUUGAAAUGCUCAGGUGCCAUCGGGUUAGAAGCACCUUAAGUGGAAGGUGGAAGGCACUGUAGUUUUCAUUGCAUGAAGAUAGUCUCUAUGCAAGUUUAGAGUGGGAAAGGUUUGAGAGUGCUUCUAACAGUCUUCAUAGCUGUAUAACGUAUACGUGGACCCCCACAUGUCCCAGCAGUAUGAAGAAAUGCAUUGAGCACUAAGGUUGGAAGAGCCCUCUGUGCUCAGCUGGCCCUCUGCUGUGGGCUGCACGGUGACUGCAGCUCAGUUCCAGGUGCCGUGUCGGGGAGGUCCCGGGGCACCUCGAGGCGUUGGAAGCAGCAUUUUGGGGGUGAAACUGAUGUACCUCCCUAACCGGGUCUGUUAUGUUUCACUACAGCCCCGCUGCUGCCGGGAAGCCGCGCCGCCUUCAGCCCUCCCGGCUCCGUGCCCGGGGGGCGGGCGGCGAGAAGGCGGCGGGGCCGGGACCCCUCCGUGCUGCCCGGGGGCUCCCCCCGCGGCGAGGCGGGCGGCGGGGAGGUGCCGUGCGGGUCGGUCAGCGCGUCCCCUCCCCGCUGUCUGUGGCCCGGGCCGAGCUCCGCUUCCCCUGCCGCCGCCAUCGGGAAGCCGGGCUGCGCUCUGCGGCCAUGGCGACACGUGAUGCUCACCUGUAUUCGCUGUUCUGCACCGUCUUGCAAAACUGUGCCCCAAAGGGGAGGUGAUGUUGGGCAAGGCCCAGACUGACACCAUGUGGAUGCAGCCUUUGGAGGAUCCUCCUGUGAACGUGUUUCUCUGGGCCCUGUACAGAAGGCAUGGCUGAGACUCAUGGAAUCAUUGAAUAUCAUGAGUUGGAAGGGACUCAUCAGGAUCAUUGAGUCCAACUCUUGGCUCCAGACAGGGCUGCCUUGUGUCGGCACUUCAGUCCUUGUUCUGCUGCUCACUUCCUGAGAUACUUUUGAGGCCAUUGGGUUUUUGCCUAUGGUUGGAGUCUUCGUUAUCCUCCUUUCAGUCCUCCAUCAACAGAAAACUCUCCUUUGAAAAGAGAGGUGGGCUCUCAUGCCUGGAACAGGAAGGGAGAAGAAAACAUUACAACGAGGAGCCUAGUCUUCAUGAUGGCCUUGCUUUCUGAAUUAUAAGUGACAUGCUGGUGAAACUGAACAUCUGAUCUCCAGAUAUCAUCAUAGUAUUAACCAUGGCAUCUGAGGCUGCUCAGAGUUUUCUUCAGCCGCUCUCUUCUUGGUUGUCUCAAAUAUACGAAGCUAUCCAACAAGCAGGAGACUCUAUAUCUGCUUCAUUGCUGAAUUUGAGUGGAGUGGGUCGUGAGUCAGAAGAAGGUAGAAACCAGGGCUUGGAGGUCAGUGGAGUAUCUUAUGAGGAUUAUUCUGUGGAAUCAGAAGAUGAAGGACACAUGGACCUGCGGGAUGACGAAUACAUAUGCCCUGGAGAAGAUGGUCACAUUGCAGGUCGUGAUCUUGCUUCACAGGCCCUCCCUUGUGGCUCUGACAUGAGUCUACAGAGGCAAAAAUGGGUUAAAAAUACCUCCAGCUUACCAGGCCAGUGUGUUGUAAGGACCGAGCCUUUGGCUGCCAAUGGAUCGCAUUGGAUGAACGAAGAUCUCCAGCCACUUCCCACUAUCUCUGAAGAUGAAGGUGAGCCCUCUGCGAGGAUGAGAGGCCAUGAUCACAGCAUCAGCAUGGAUGGCUCUUUAGAAAUUAAUAAAGACAAGGCAAGUUUUGCAGAUCUGGAUGGACUAAGCCAGCUGAGUUACCAAGACAACCUAUCCUGUCGUGAAGAUGGCCAUAUAUCUAUUGAUUCAAGAACAACGGAGUGCAGGAGUGCUGGGCAGCAUACAGGGCCUAGGAUGGAGUCCAGCAUUGCUGACGGCUUCAGCCAGCAAGAUGCAGAAGGACCUUUAGAAUUGGAGGCAGCAUUUACCACCCAGGGACUUGAAGGAAAUGAUGCUACUGACAGCUCAUCAGCUUGGAGCCCUGAGGAGACUGAUGAGGUGAACAGCGAACCAGCUCAUCACAGUGUUCAUCAGCCUGUUUGUAAAUGUGGUGAUCUUGAUGUCAUCUUCAGUUAUAAAGCCUCAAGUCAAAAGCUUGUAGUUACUGUCUUGGAGGCCAGGGACAUCCCAGACAAAGACCGCAGUGGUGUGAACACUUGGCAAGUGCACACAGUAUUGAUGCCUAGCAAGAAACAGAGGGGUAAGACAAGUGUUCAGAGAGGACCCAUCCCCAUGUUCAAGGAUAACAUUACCUUUAGUAAGCUGGAGCCACAUGAGUUACGUGGCCAUGCUGUCCGUUUCCGCCUCUAUGCCGUGCACAAGGUGAUUGGAGAGAAGAUGAUGGGAGAGCAAUUCUUCUACCUGAGCAACAUCAACCAGGAAGGGGAAGUGAAGGUGACGCUGGUCUUGGAGCCAAGGAGUAAUUUGACCAGUGCAGACUCUCAGCUUAGUCUGUCAGCAAUCUCUCACAGUGAUAGCGCUUCUUCAACACAGUCCCUGUCGCAUGGAGGGGUGCCAGAGCUGCUUGUGGGCUUGUUGUACAAUGCCACUACGGGGCGGCUGUCAGUGGAGAUGAUCAAAGGCAGUCAUUUCCGAAACCUCGCAAUUAAUAGGCCACCUGAUACCUAUGGAAAGCUUUGCCUGCUCAACUCUGUGGGCCAGGAGAUGUCUCGCUGCAAGACCUCCAUCCGUCGAGGGCAGCCCAACCCCGUCUACAAAGAAACUUUCAUCUUCCAGGUUGCCCUCUUCCAGCUCUCCGAUGUCACACUAAUGAUCUCCAUAUACAACAAACGCAGCAUGAAACGCAAAGAGAUGAUCGGCUGGAUCUCCAUGGGGCAGAACAGCAGUGGAGAAGAAGAGCAAAGUCAUUGGCAGGAGAUGAAAGAGUCAAAGGGGCUGCAGGUCUGCAGGUGGCACACAUUGCUGGAGUCCUAAUGGUAACCAGGGCAGCCUGUAGAUCCUGGGACUGUGGGUUGUCUUCCCUCAUUCUCAGUCAGCAGGAAGCAGCUGUCCCAUGGCAAGCACUGUGCUCUGACAGGUCAUGUACUCUUUAACCUGACUUUUCAGUAUCAUCUGUCAAGCAUUAGAAGUGACAAGGCCUGGGAAGCAAGUUUAGUUUUUAUCUUUCCAGGUUGCCCUGCAUUUUCUACAUCCAAAUUAGUAACCUUAGGAAAAGCAAGGGCAAACCUACAAGAUCCUCCCUUUCUUGCUCAUUUUAUCAUAUGUCUAAUCAUCACAGUUUGAUUUUGAUGCUGUUUUCUUCUGGAGUAAAUUCUCUGAUCCUUUCCUUAUUUAUAUUAAUGAAGUCUGCAAACAUUCUUGACACGCAGAUAGCUCACAGAUAGGCUAAACUGCAUGCAGAUCACAUUUUCCUCUCUUUUAUUAUCUUAUUUUUUAAGUCCUAGAAAUGAACAUUUGGUAGCACUAUAGACUGGAUUUUUCAGGCAGCAUGGGAAAGCACUGUUGAAUACUCUGUCAACUUUAAAGUGCCUAGGCGUUAUUACUGUUUCUGAUACUAACUGAUAGUGUUUAUUUGGACUUAAUACUGCCAGUAUUCUUAAUUAGCAUCCCGUGCACUUGUUAGCCUGUAUUGCCACAGAGAUUGCAUGAGGGAUAACUAAUAGCGGUUUUAUAUUGUGAUUAUACAAUGCAUGUUUGGAUGCUUACUUGAAGUUCAAGGCUUCUGUCAUCAUGAAUACCAAAAAAAACAAAGACCAGAACAAGCUGCACGUCCACCUUUGUGCCUGAAUCACUCUUUUCUGCAUCACUGUUUUGAUUAUGUGUUAUUUUGUUCACUUGUAAAAGUGAGUUUCAUUCAGAAAAGCAUUUCUGUGAGCAUUAUACAGAAAAGCUUUUGAUCCACGAUUUCACUGUUGUUCAGUUAAGCACAGCUCAAGUUUGCUGAGGGCUCUUGUCCAAAUGGGCUAUCUGUAGUAUGUUUGGGAUCUGGAAAGAGAACCAUUUUUGGCAUGUUGAGCAGUAAAGAAUGCCAGACCAAGUCACCUCAUCUUUGGGACAGUCUCUCCUACAAGAGCAGGUAAAAUAGGAUCCAGGGGACCCAUGCCUAGAGGGGCAGCUUUCAGGGAGCAGGAUCCCUGGAUGAAGCGAUGGCACUUCAAGGUAGUUACUUUUCAGACCAUUUUGUUAUUUUCCAUUUUCAUCAUUUUUUUCCCAUUUCCAUCAGUUAAACUUGUAGAGUCAGUGGCAAGGGAAGAAGUCUUCAUUUGCUUGAUUUCUGAACAUUGAGCUCUCAUUAGCUGCUGGAAAACUGCAUGUGACGCAGCUGAGGACGUGGAUUCUCUAGGGCAGUGAUGGUAUGUAGACAGAAAGGUGCCAAGAUACUCACAUACCAUCAGCUACCUAAAUUUAAUUCCUGGAGCUCCUUAGGAGAGGAUUGGCAUUUCUUCAUCCCUUCUGAUGAUAGGAAGGAAAUAUUAUGCUGGAAAGGUUCGGGUUUUUUUGUUCUGAAUCACCUCGUGUUUUGUUUUUGUCGUUUACUAGUCUGGCACCAAAUUCCAUCUCUUGCACCACAGCUGUUUCCUUCCAUUCAAUGGUGCUGUGCAAGUUUCAGCAUUGGCUGUUAAACCAAAAUUGAGUCUGGGUGCUGGUUUGCAUCACACUCAGGCUAGUGAUCACCCACUGGGCAGUGGUGUGGUAGAUACAGGUUAUCAGUUGGUGUAAUACACACAGGCUUUGUCUGUCCUCACAUGGCAGCCCACCAAGUGAGGAUAAUCUCACAGAAGAAGAUUUCUGGUGUGGGUGAGACAGACCCUACAGAUCGUAUGUUCUUGUAUGUUCUUUACACUUACCUGCCUGGGCAUCAUUUUCCAGUGGGACUGGUGGCUGUCCUAUGCAGGAGGAUUGUCCUCCACUGCCUAGAUAAGCUGGCACAAUAUCUGCUUUGCACUACUGGGGCUUUGUAUUUCAAAUCAGGAUCUAACUCAAAAACAACUGCAUUUUUGACUGCACUGUUAAUUCUGCUGCGUUGCCAAUAGGAGAGAGAACAAGCAUCUGAGUGGUAAUAAGCAAACCAGUCUAAAUGUGGCUUUUUGCUUUCUUAAUCAUAUAUUUUUCUUCUGGAAGAAGUACAGAAAACAGACCAAAUCAAAAGGUGCAUUUGCUGAUUUCAGUCGUUUUCCAAUCUCUGCAUAAUUUUUCUGAACUGCAUGAAAAUGUAUAUACAAGUGUUUAUAAGUAAUUUUAUUAUCUGAGAUGUGUAUAAUAAACUUAUGCAGAUUCUCUUAGUAUCUUCUUGAACCUGUAAAGUGUUGCUUUAUGCUUAAUUUAAUGAUUAGCUAAGGGAAUGGUAUCAAUUGGUAGUAUGCUUCACAAGUGAACCGGGGAUAACCCUGAUUUAUAAUUGUGUGAUUAAAAAGAAUUAUUGGAAAGGUUAGCUUUAAAAAGCAACAAGGUGAGCUCAUUUGGGACAUACGUGCUGUUUUCAUACCUAGAUCUUUUCUGAAGAUGCAGCACAAACUGACAUCAGCAUCCAUAGAGUCUGUUGAUAUCUGAGCAUGUGUUAAAACUUCGCUCUCAGAUGGAAGCAGCUUCCCGCAUCAUUGCAAUAACGUUUUGGCCUGAUGUUUUACAAGAAAAUAAUGGUGGGAAGGAGAAAGGGAUGAGGUGGGGGGAGCACUGUUUGGAGCUGCUUCCAGAUCUGUUGGCACAUCCGUGCCUUGAGCAGAACAUGAGCAAAGUUCAUUAAAUUCCUACCGAAGCACGGAGGAAUUGAUGACUCUUGGGCUGAGUGGUGUUGGGGGUGCUCAUGUUUGCUAGCUGUAUUUCAGGACUUUGGUUAGUUUUCUGGUUUGUUUUUCUUUAGAGUAUUGACUGUCUGUGAAAUGAAGAAGGCUUAGCUGCAGCUCCCCUUUAUUUCAGAGCUCCUGUAAUUCUUUUCAUAGACAGAUUGAAUUAGUUAUUGUUAACAUUGGUACAGGCUGGCCUUGUGCUCCUGGUCUUUCACAUGUAAACACCACUGCCCUUUCAGUCACUGCUAUAACCCCUCGUUUCCUUUAGAAGUGGCUGAGAAAUCAGAAUUUCCAGGCAUGCUUCCAUUCCUUUGGAAUCCUGCCUCACACUUGGCUCUCCAUAGGUGAUAGUCACUGGAGCUGGGCCCUGUUCCCCUCUGGCUUCCAUCCCCAUGUGCACUGUGCUGGGUCCCUGCUCCUGUGGGGGCUCCAGAAGAGGAGGAGGGCCAUGGGGUGAGCAGCUGACCUGCUUCUGGGAAUGCUUGGGUGCUUGUAUGGCCUGACUAUGCAGUUAUUGCUGUGUAGUGCAGAAUAAUGCACGUUUUCUAAGAUAAUUUAUCUCCUUUGGCACCGCUGUCUGGAAUCCCCAGAGAUAAUAUUUGAAUUUUCUUCUCUAGGAGGGAGAAAGAAAAAAGCUCCAAAGCCACAAAACCUUUGUGUGGGAAGGAACUAACUGCACUGGCUUAAUCCCAGGAUGCUGUGGGCAAAGUGCUCUGGAUCCAUCUCUAUCUCGAGCAGCAUCACUCAGCUAGCUGCAGUCUGUUCCUUCCUUGGUCUCUGUCCAGCAGCACAUCCCUGUCCUGCUAGGCACUCUGCUGUUAUUUUAUUUCUUGUUUUUAAUGUGUAUUGACAACAGAACAGAAUGAUCUCACCACGUUUGUAUUCUCUGCAGUAAUGCCAACUUUCAACUGAUGCCCACAGAACCGAGUACCUCUUUUAGCCCACUGUGCUGCAGAGGUAGCUGACUGACGUGGCUGUUUGUGAAGGCUUUCUCUGGGCUGUCUGCAGCAUGAUUUGGUUAGUUUGGGUUUCCUUUCUACCACUGGCUUUAGUUACUCUGGCCCUACUGUGCAAUGCUCUGUCACAGAGUAAUGUGGCUGUGUGGUUCCUGGGGCAUGGAGGGCAAUGGGUGGAGGUAAGGAGCCUGAUUUGGCAGGGGGUUGGACUGGAUGGUGCCCAGAGGUCCCUUCCAACCCCUACAGUUCUGGGAUUGUGUGAGGUAAUUUGGUAUUUUUAGUGUCUGCGGAGCCUGAGGAGUUACUUGGUGCUUUACAUAAUUUAUUAAUCCACAGUCAUGAACGUCUUCGGAUGUUCUUAGACUCACAGAACAGAAGACUGCCAGCUGCUAUUGAUCAUGUCUCCAGCACAAAGCCCAAGGUGGCUGCUUGGCAGAGGAGGCCUUUCUUCUGGUGGCCGCUCAUUUCUCCUUCAGCUGAAGCUGGUGCUGGCCUUGGAGCUCACAUGCCCACAGAGCUUUCCCAUAUGUAUCAUCAUCUUUAAUCUGUACAGUCUCCACACUUCACCUCUCUACCUCUUGCCUCCAAAAUGGAGGGAUAAAGGCUGCAUGAGGCCAUGUGGCCAUGUCCUGAGGUGCUGGUAGGGUUGUGAUGCUUUAAUGUUUACAAGGUUGUGACACCUGUUCAGCCCCAGUAGGACAGAGCUAAAGGUGGAGGGAACAGCCUUUUCUGUUUGGUUCCUUCUAGGUUUUUUGUGUUCUCUAAAAGGACAGCAGAGCUCGAAGAAAUUAGUAUGCAGGAGCAUCCGCUUUCCAUUUGAAAUGUACCGAGUGUGAUGUUUGCAACUAUGGUUUGAGGGGAAGAAAAAAGCAGCCAGGGUUUGUAGAAGUGCUUGCUCUUUGAGGGAGGCAGGAUUUUCCCUGCAGCGAGAGCUACCCACCGGAACGUUCUCGUACCUCAGGCAGUGAUGCUGGCAUCCAGCUGAUCUUCUUCAGUGAUAAAUGCAGCCAGAAGCUGACAGGUCUUGCAGCUUGGAAAGAAAUACAGGAUAACUAACGUGGGCUUUUAUUGGGAACCUGAUGCAGAUUUAGCAGGAGUGAAAGCCCCCAGUGGUGGUCAGGAUGGUGGUGGAUAGGGAAGGCUGAGUGCUGGCAUUGCUGCUGAGCUGUGGCUUUGCUGUUUCCCUUGUUUCCCACCUCAGUUCCUUAGUUCCAGAACUGCUGAAGGCAUACAGCACUUCCUUUCUUCUUUUUUUUUUCCUACUUCUUUUUUUCUUCUCACCAGCACAGGGUGAGCUCAUGCCUUCCCACAGCCUACACUGUAGGUCUUAAGAAAUGAAUGUGUAAAUAUUUUGUCUCUCACAGCAGCCCAAGGUCAUCUUUCUGGAACAGCAAACAGGCACAGAAUCCAAAGAAGAUCAGUCCGUCAUGUGAGUAAGGUUAGCAUCUGCACUUACAAAUGACAAAGGCUAUUAAUCCUCAUGCUGUAAUCCCCAAGCUGUUUGCCAGCUGGCAGCAGGAAGAUGUUCCUGCUCAGCCCACACAGCUAUCCAUGUUUUUCACCUUUGUGAAGCAGAUAUAGGUCAAUGCUGUAGCCUGGAUAAAGAACUUGGUAGGCAUCAUUCAUCUUUUCUAGUGUUCCAUUCCCUCCCUUCUCCAUGCAAACCACCUGUCUGUAUUGGGGUGCAGCAGGAAUGCUGCAGGCUUCCCCCCACUUCAGAAUAGGGCACUGUAGGUCCCCUGUGCUCCCACAUUGGAGAAGAAUCAGGGAAUACCCAGGAGUUGGGUAUGGAAGGUAAAAGUUCAGCAUCAAUCAUCAUCUGGGGACCAGUGGGGAAUUUGGGUCCUGCCUGCCAUGGGUUCAGACCCAACCACAGUCCUGCUGCUGGUGAGAUGGGAGGAAGGCUGCCUGUUUUCCUCAUCCCAGUUGUUUUGUUAACACUUUCCAGGUGCUUUUCCUUCACACCAUCUCCCAUCCUUUCAUUAAUAUCUGCAGAGAUCUGCUCCAAGUCAGGGCCAUGCCUGGCAGCAAUAUCUUCUGUUCAUGGUGCUCAGGACAAAACCUGUUGUCUGGUCUCUUGCUGUCACCAUGUAGCAUCUUUAGCACAGGGUUUCCAAUUAAACCAAUCCCAUCUCCUUCCCGUUGGCACAGCUCUGAGUUUUGUCUUGUUGUGCUCUGUUCUCUUCUGUGACUCUUUCCCAUCAGAGUUUGGCCUUCUGUUUGUCAUGAAGAGUAAACGAAGAAUUCAUUUAGUAGACUUAGCAUUUAAAUACCACGUGGCAUUUAUAUAUGUGUAUAUAAAAACGUUUUUUAGGUAUUGUGCCCCCAAGGCCUUUGCAUGCAGCACGGUUCAAUGUAUAUCUGACUAUUGAUUUAAGCACACCGUACUAAAUAAAUCAUUUCUUAGUGCACGUUAGCUUCUUUCCCUUCUGGAACAGCACACCAUUUCUGGCAGGGUUGGUUUUUAUGUCUUACUGUUGCAUUUUCAGCUGGGCACAUUCUCCCACGCAUCCCAGGACAUGUUAUAGCACUUCAUGUCCACAGCAAGGCUUGUGGGGCUUGAAUUUCUUGCUCGGUUAUAAAUACGUUUAUAGAAGGGGAACUGUUCAUACUUGUAAAGUUAUACAAAGCAAAUUGAUAUCCCCUUUUCACUUCUGUAAAGGUUCAAAGGUUGCACUGAAAAACUGUACUUUCUGUGUAGCUAAUAAAGGACUGGAACUGU